AAAAAAAAAUAAGAACAUCUGGAUUGGAUUUUAAGAGGAGCUUGGGAAGCCCUCUCGCAGAGAAAAACCCUAACGGUUCGCUACCGCCACCUUCAAUGGCAUCCUCCUCGAACGACGACCUCUCUCUUUCCCAAACCCUAAUCUCGGAACCCGUUUCGGCUGAGCAAACUCGGCUGUCUGAUCCAGAACCCGUCGAUGACGCCAUCGUGGGGGACAAGCGGAAGCGCUCCGACGAGGAGAACGACGAUAAGAGCGGUGCGGAGCGGUCUGAUUCAACGCUUCAUCCACUGUGGAAAACGAGCCUCUGCUCCUACUUCAGGCGCCACGGUGCUUCCUGCAGCCAUGGCAGCGCGUGCAGGUACGCGCACGGCGAGGGGGAGCUCCGCCAGAGGCCAGACGGUACGUGGGACCCAACGUCGGAGCGUGCCAAGAAGGUUAUGAGGAUGACGGAGGACGCUGGGAAAUGCGAGGAGGAGGAGGAAGAAGAUACUGAAAUUUUGAUCACUGAGCAGGUGAUGGACGAUGAUGCCGAUGAUGAUGGAAAUGGCGGCAACGGGAAUUGUGUUUUGGAUCCGUCUCUGAGUAAAUGUUUGGUGCAUACACCGAUAAGAUGGCAUACAGAUGAUCUGAAGAAGUUUCUCCGCGAUCAGGGGGUGCAAUUUAAGUUCGCCAAGAAAAAGAAAGGCAUGGCGGUUAGUUUUGUGACAUUUGAGAAUGCAGAGCACUUGCAGAGUGGCGUAGAGAUUUUGGAAGGAAAAUCCGUGGGUAACAAGAAGUUAAAGAUCGCCGAUUGCAUUCCCCGUUCAUGUGACAAGAAUAUCAAAUCGGCCAUGGAAAGUGGUGCUGGUGACAGCAGGAGCAGCAAUGAUGCGGUAAAAGUUAAAAGUGCCCGCGAAGCUGUGACUCCCCUUGCUCACCUGUCUUAUCCCGAACAGCUGGAACAGAAGAGGAGCUCUAUCAUGCAAAUGCUGAAAAAACUUACUAGGAAUGCCCGUAAAGCUUGUUCAAAUGGCAUUUCACUUCCAGAAUGGGUCCUUAAGUCUAGAGAAAUAGGUGGUCUUCCGUGCAAUCUAGAAGGUGUUAUGGAAUCACCGGUUAUAAACGGAUACCGGAACAAGUGUGAGUUCUCAAUUGGAUAUUCUGUGCAGGGGAAGCUUACUGCCGGAUUCAUGCUUGGAAACUUUAGGGAGGGUGUAACUGCAGUAGAGGAGCCAUUGGAUUGCCCCAACAUCUCUAGAAUUGCUUGCAAGUAUGCUUCAAUCUUUCAGGAAUUUCUGCAAAAUUCAACCUUCCCGAGUUGGAAUAGGUUUAAGAAUUGUGGGUUUUGGCGGCAGUUGACGGUUCGUGAAGGAAGAAAACCUGGUGGGUUUUCGGACGUUGCAGAUGUUGAAUCAAGCAUUGCUGAAGUUAUGCUCAUUGUUCAGGUUUGCACUUCUGGUUUUGACGAUGCAAAAAUAGCCUCUGAAUUUGAAAGAAUGGCAAAAGCAUUUGCUGAAGGAGCUAGAGCAAAUUCACCACUUCUGCCUCUAACAGCUUUGGUUAUCCAGGACCACCAAGGAAUAUCAAAUGUUGCGCCUGCAGAUGCUCCGCUGCGCUCACUGCUUAUUCCAAUGUCAGAUAAUGGAUCCAACCAAGAUCAAGCCAGCAAUGUCGUGACUGAAGCUCGGAUUCACGAUUAUAUCAACAACCUUCGGUUCAGUAUAUCUCCAACAGCAUUCUUUCAGGUCAAUACCAUUGCUGCGGAAAAGUUAUAUUCACUUGCUGGGGAUUGGGCUGGUCUUGAUCCCGACACCUUGCUUUUUGAUAUAUGCUGUGGAACUGGAACGAUUGGGCUUACGCUGGCUCAUCGUGUUGGUAUGGUUGUUGGCAUAGAAAUGAAUGCUUCGGCUGUGUCAGAUGCUGAAUGGAAUGCCAAGAUCAAUGGCAUUAGCAACUGCAAGUUCAUCUGCUCAAAGGCGGAAGAUGUGAUGGGUUCUCUACUGAAAGAGUACCUAGAUGUGCCCCCAGAGGAAGAACCCGAGCUUCCAACUAAUCCCGAUGAUGGUAACAAAGAUGAUUCAUCUGACGUUAAAGAAACACCAAAUCCCGAGCAUGAAAAUGGGAAAAACCUACCAGAAAGUUUGGGGAAAGAUCAGGAAGAACUCCAGGAAAAUGAGCACAAGAGUCCUUCCGCAGAAGCAGAAAAAUCUUCAAAACCUCAGUUCAGAAACGUAGUUGCAAUAGUCGACCCUCCACGUUCAGGCCUUCAUCCCAUUGUAAUUAAAGCUCUAAGAACCCAUCCACGUCUGCGGAGGCUCGUCUACAUCUCGUGCAACCCGGAAACCCUAGUGGCGAACGCCAUAGAGCUAUGCACGCCAUCUCCGGACAAGGCAGAGAAAGGGAACAAAGACAACAGAGGGUGGAGGAAAAUGAGCAGCGCUGGUUUGGCACGUCACAGAGCAAAGUCGAUGCCGGCUUCCGAGCCCUUCAGACCCAUCAAAGCCAUGGCCGUGGACCUCUUCCCUCACACCCACCACUGCGAAAUGGUUAUGCUUCUCGAGAGGUAAAAUCAUCAUAAUAUAGCACCGACCGACCAGAGCAGAGAGGACCAACAUACCAAAACCAUGUUUGCAUUUCCCCAUGUGGAUGAAAAUUUUAUCAGUGCAGAGAAGAUUAUGCACCCUUUGGUACUAAAUGAACCAAAUUUUGGAGAGUUCUUAAUAUGCUUUCAAAUUUAUUCAA